AUGUCGUGGUUCAUGAGGGGAGUCCAGUCGGCCAUCUUUCACUAUGCCUCGUGUGCGCCAUGUACCGGCUACAUGUAUAAGAAGCAGCGGCGGAAGCAGGCAAAGCAGGCCCGGAAGGCCAGAACGAAGCUCGUCGAAGAGCAGCCCGAGCUCUACCACCACCCCGAACCCACAGGUACGAACCCAUACUGGCAGGAAGAGAUAGGAUUGGGUCCUGGUCCACCUCCGCGGCGCGCCAAAAAGACAAACACCUGCAACACACAAGCCACUACGGCCGUGGGAACACAUGGCAGUGCGGUGAGCCAAGCAGGGAGCAGCAUCGACGUCGACCGAGCCGCAGAUUUGCGCUUUAGUGACGAUACGCUCGACGACGACAAUUGGAACCGCAAGCGCUACCAACGCGAGGACGAAGAGCUUUGGGGCUUCGAGACAAUUGUGCCCCUGGAAUCGGCCGUGUCCGGGUCCUCAGUUGGCGUCGCCGGCUUCACGCGACCUAGUACGUCACGGUCUGGCAGUUACUAUUCUGCUCGGGCACCACCGGUGAACGACCUCCACCCUCCGGUCGUGAGCCUGCCAUCACCCCAUGCCUGCGAUAAUGCGUGGAUGCUCCAGCCUCCGCCCAAAGCUAGUGUUAUGAGUGGGAAAGAAAGAGCCACACUCCGCAGUCGAAGUGGCAGUGGAGCCAGCAGCAGAGUGGAGUUGAGCCUCCAGCGCCAAGUAAGCGCACGACAACUGCGUCACAAGAUCGACCGUGGGGAGACGCCUGAUCUGCCGUCUUUAUCUCGGGGGAACUCGUACAAUGACAUUUUUCUGGGCCAACGACACGACCGGCCAAAGACACCGCUCACACGACCACCCUCGGCUGCCUCCAGCUACCGGCCCAGGACGCGACGCGACACUGCAAUGACCAAUACCUCUGCAACAGAACAGCUCUCAAGCGACUCUAGCGAUACUGCUGUUAGACGUUCUCACUCUUCUUCGCGUGAUAUGUCAACAGUUCCCAGCCUCCACCAGGUACGCGUACGCAGCAGCCGACAACAGCUUUCCACCGUGGUAUCCAGUGGCUCUGGUGAACUUCCUAUGAGUUCUACGAACCUGAGCCCUCCGUCCGAGCUCGAGCACGAAAAUCUCCGUGUGUCCGCCAUUCGCAAGGUCCGACACUCAACCCAGUCUACCGAUUCAGACCCAUACUAUCUCAUGAAGCGCCACGCUCACCUCGUUUCCUCGGAUGUCUCAUCGCUCAACGCCCUUCAGAACCUUGUGUCUCCGGACGCACUACUCAACUCCCGCUUCGUAUCUGCUCCCCUUAUAGAGGCCCACAUCAAGCUUCCUCCAUCGGACCACGACGAGCAAAGGAUGCUUGAUACGGACCAGUGGUCUGGAAGCGGGUUUGCCGUCAGUCGUGGCUGGGGCACGGAGCAAGUGGAUGGAGAGGCACGCGUUCCUUUCGACAGUGCUGGUGCGGCGGAGCGCGAUCCCAGGAUGAGAUGGAGCGUGGACUUCUGA